CCUCUUCACAUCACAGUUGAUGAUAAUGAGAUUAAGAACGAUAAAAUUUAUCAGUGUUCGUGGGAGAGGCACGAUGAGAUAGGUGAAGAAUACACCAGUGAUGUUUUUCGGACAACAUGCGACGGACUCUCCUAAUUUUCGCCACUGCCCUCUCGAUAAUCAGUUCUCAGGAGGCAGAGGAAAGGUAUAACCCGGAGCAGCCUUACUGUUUCAAGUUCACUUGGUUGGGACUGAAUCCCCAAGAAACCAAUGUAACGAACUCCUGCAAUACUACCGAACCCUGCUUCCAGCCAGUCUCAGUCUCGGACGAUGGAAACUUGCCGGAUACCAAUCAAAUGUGGCGGGAGGAAAAUCGCACUCAAUUCAGUUGUGCCCUGCAACAUGGAUUCGUCUGCAUAAAAUACACGUGGACAUUCAACGAUGCAGUGCAAAAUAUAAGUUACUUCUGUGGGAAAAUGGUGGAGAACAAGCAGUCGCCGAUUGUUGACGGAUGCUACUCCCAGCAGGUGAACAGCCACGUCGUUGAGGCUUGUGCAUGCACCUCUGCUGCCGGAGCUGUACCUUGUAAUUCCUCGGAAUUUAGACAUCCAUCUAUCCCCAUAAUUCUGGCUCUUGGGAUGUUAUCGUGGAUUAGUGUUUCAAAUUUCUGACCGAAAGGAUAUGAAUCACGAAAAAUCCAGUGAUCAGGGAUUGAAUAAGACUAAUCUUUAGAGAUGGAGAUCCUAAGAUGAUUAUAUUAAUUUAUCUUUAUAACGAAUCCUUGGACAUGUCGAUUUAUAUUAAAAUCCUUUAGUUAAAAAAUAUCUCUGAGAGAUAAAUGCAUAAUUAA